GAACAAAUAGCGGAGGGGCGGCCGGGCCAGAACGGCUUGUGUAACUUUGCAAACUUGCCAGAAAGUUUUAAAUCUCUUCUCCUUCUUUCACUCCAGACACCGCCUGCUCGCCGAGGCCGCCGCGCCGCUCCCCGCCGCCUUCCAGAAGGACUGGGAAAGGGGAGAGAGCCGGGCGCCACGUCCGAAGGGCCGUCUUUACUGGCCACGUCUUCUCCAACUGGGUACAGCCCGGCAAAGGAAGCGAUGCGCCUCGCCUGGACCGCGCUCCUGCUCGGCCCGCUGCAGCUCUUUGCGCUCGUGCGCUGCGCCUCACCCGCUGCCGGCCAGCAGCAGCCCCCGCGCGAGCCGCCGGCGGCUCCGGGCGCCUGGCGGCAGAGGAUCCAAUGGGAGAACAACGGGCAGGUGUUCAGCCUACUGAGCCUGGGCUCGCAGUACCAGCCGCAGCGCCGCAGGGACCCAGGUGCCGUCGCCCCGCAGCCUCGCACGCCUGUCCUGCUGCUCCGGAACAACCGCACAGCGGCGGCGCGGGCGCGGUCAGGCGGCUCGACGGGAACCCCCGCCGACCGCCCCAGGCCCACCGCCCGCCACUGGUUCCAAGCUGGCUACUCGUCGUCCGGACCCGGCGGCACUGGCGGCUCGCACGCGGGCAACGGGACUGCUGUAGGAGAGCGCCCAACACUCAGCAACCUGCAGCCGCCCAGCCGUGUGGACGGCAUGGUGGGCGACGACCCAUACAACCCCUACAAGUAUUCCGACGACAACCCCUAUUACAACUACUACGACACGUACGAGAGGCCACGGUCUGGGAGCAGGUAUCGGCCGGGAUACGGCACCGGGUACUUCCAAUACGGUCUCCCGGACCUGGUGCCUGACCCCUACUACAUCCAGGCGUCCACUUACGUGCAGAAGAUGGCCAUGUACAAUCUAAGAUGCGCUGCCGAGGAAAACUGCCUUGCCAGUACAGCAUAUAGGGCAGAUGUCAGAGAUUAUGAUCACAGGGUGCUGCUAAGAUUUCCCCAAAGAGUGAAAAACCAAGGGACAUCAGAUUUCUUACCAAGCCGACCGAGAUAUUCCUGGGAAUGGCAUAGCUGUCACCAACAUUUCCACAGCAUGGAUGAAUUCAGCCACUAUGACCUGCUUGAUGCCAGCACCCAGAGGAGAGUGGCUGAAGGCCACAAAGCAAGCUUCUGUCUAGAGGACACGUCCUGCGACUAUGGCUACCAGAGGCGAUUUGCCUGUACUGCACACACACAGGGGUUGAGUCCUGGCUGUUAUGAUACCUACAAUGCAGACAUAGACUGCCAAUGGAUUGAUAUUACAGAUGUAAAACCAGGAAACUACAUUCUAAAGGUCAGUGUGAACCCCAGCUACCUGGUGCCUGAGUCAGACUAUUCCAACAAUGUCGUGCGCUGUGAAAUACGCUACACAGGACAUCACGCGUAUGCCUCAGGCUGCACAAUUUCACCGUAUUAGAAAGCAAGACAAAACUUCCAGUGGAUGAAUCAGUGCCUGGUGUUCUGAAGUGGGAAAAAAUAAAUUAACUUCAGUAGGAUUUAUGUAUUUGGGAAGAGAGCAGAAAACAACAAAGGGCUUUUCGUUUGGACAGUUUUGUAACAAAGCAUAUAACUGGAUUCUGAACAUUUAAAUCGGCAUUAUUUGGGAAAUUCUUAAUACUUAUUCACAUAACUUUGUGAAUUAAUAUAAUGUUUCAAUUCUCUAGUGGCAUACUUGACUCUUUCAAAGAAAUUCCCAUCUCUUGUGCUUCUUUUGAAAUUAUAGUGCAAAAGAGAAACUAUUUCAUUGAACGAGCCAAAAUGAUUUGAGUUGAAAAUUUUCUAAAGUGCAGACACUUCAGUGAAGCAUAAUAAAAAAUGGCAUACAUGUGCCCUAGUAUAAAUUAAUUUAGAAAUGAUGCUCCUACUGUUUAAACAUAUAUGGACACAGUUGGUGCUGAAGAAGGAACAAACACAUUAUCAUUGGUGUCACAAAGUAUUACUAUAUAGCAGAGAAAUGGCAGUAUAUGUAUUCAGAUAGUUACACCCCUAUAUAAAAUUUAUGUUUACAUUUUUAAAUUAGCAGAUAAACUCCUUUCUUUCUGUCAGAUGCACAGUUUCAUUCUAACUUGAGUCAGCUUUUGUUUAGGAAUGAAUUAAGUAAUUGAGCUGCCCAAUUCCUGCCUGAAUUUUUUGAUGCCCCCCUCUACUUUGAUUUUUCCUAUGGGCAGAGACGUUUUAAGUGGCAUUCUUAUAUUACCAUUCUGGGGACUGGUAUACAUAGGACAACUGUAUAAAUGGGAAGUCAUUUUGAUGACAGAUGUGUGUAGGACAACUGUUUUAAUGUGAAGUCAUUUUGAUGAUAGAUUUGACAUGUCCAGAGAUAAUAUAAAUUUAAGCGUAUUGGAAUUUUAAUUUAAAAGAAAUUUCCUUGCUGACAUAAAAAUCAUAUAAACAUGUCCCUCAAACCACAACUGUCUCAAAUAUUUUAAAAUAAUCAAUGAAAGAAUCUUAGCAUUUUAAAUCUUUACGCAUUUAUUUUAUGUUCCGCUAUUAAAAAGAGGGAUGCUAAAGAAUUUUAAAUUAUCCAGAAUAUAUAAUGUAAUAUGUGUGCAAUACAGGAGCACCAUCCUAGGUCAUUCAGGAGUCAAUCAUACAUGAUUAUUUUUUUUUGUGUGUGAAAUACAGUCCAAAUUAGCAAAGCACAUAGCAUACUUGAGGGGCUGGUGAACCGGGGAGAAGAAAACUUUCUGCCAAGCCAAGGACUGUGCUGCGUAGUGAGACAGCUGUGAUUUUAUUUAAACUGUGAAAUCAUGUGCUACAAUAAAAUUUAGAGAAUUUCUCUUUUUCCUGAAAUUCAAAAGGUGCAGAAGGAAAUCAAAUUACACUUUUAAGUUAGUGGUGCUUCAGCUGAAGUUUUUCAUACAUUAACCAGUAUUAAAAUCUCAAGAAAGGUAUUUCCAGUGCCAGAAGAGUUAGGUAGAAUGUUACAAGUGAGUUGGCAUGGCUGUGUAAUAUCUGAUAGAGUUCAAAAGUCAACAUCAAUUACCAAUGAUCAUUCUGCACCCAGUGGGCGCAUAGUAAGGUAAGAGGGGCUAGAGAUGGGCAGUCCUCAAGGGGCAGGUACACACCCUUAUCCUUAUCCUCCAGGACACACACCAACUGCGAAUAUAGACAGCUUGAUAGAGACCCAGAACUUUCAUUGAACCAUCAUCAUUUUAGCUCUGGAAUGACUUCUUUAAUAUACUUCCUUGCCUUAAAUUGCUUUAUAGUUUUAAGAUUGUGGAAUGAGCCUUUCAAAACUGUUAUCUUUUCUAAUAGAGGUAUUUUAAUAUACUUGCUUUCUAAAAAACAAAAACAAAAACUACUGUCAGUAUUAAUACUGAGCCAGACUGGCAUCUUCAGAUUUAAGAUCUAGUGUUUUAUUAAAAUUAUUACCCAUGUAUUAAAAACUAACCAAUACCGUGGCCUUUGGAUACAUAUAAGAGACUUACUUACAUUCAGAUAUUAGGCUUUAUCUGUUGGCCAUCAUCAUUUGAAUGCCUAAUAUAUGCUAGGUGUUAGGACAAAAAAAGACUAUGCCUAACCUCAAUAAGCAUAAAAAAGUGCCAUCAUUAUCCAUUAGCCUCACCUUUUUUUAUUUUUAACAAAUUAUAAGUACAUGUCUAUAAAAUUUCAAUUUUAAGCACUGUUUUUCAUGAGCAUAUUUUAUUUUUAAAAAUCAGUUAAAAGUUAAAUAUGACAUUCAUAUAUGUUACUAAUGAUUAAAAGUAUAUUUCCAUGUCUAUUUGGUUAAGUUGGAAAAAAAAAAUAGGUAGCUGAAGGUUCUUACUUAUUACUUGUAUAAAUGUUUCUUUCCCUCCCUGUCAUUCCUAAACACUUCCAAAUAACUUUCCAGUAUUGAUUUAGCACCCAAUAUUUUUGAACCGUAAACAGGUCUUUUCUCUGAAUAGCCAUCAAAAUCCACAGGUUAUCAAUUAAUAAAAUAAGGAACAUAACAAUUCAGUCUUAGCAAGCUCUAAAGAAGACUUUCUUAUAAAAUAGGAAUAGGAGGUAGAAAUGAACACAAAAAUAUUAAGUACUGUGAAAAGACUUUUAAAGAGACUUUUAAACUAAUAAAGACUAUAAGAAAAUGGACUAAAUCAGAAAAA